AUGAUGUGUGAGGUGAUGCCCACCAUCUCUGAGGAUGGGCGUGGAGGGAGCGGAGGGGGGCCGUCCUCGCCAGCGGGUGGAGGCGGGGGCAUGGGUGGGGGAAUGGGUGGUAUGGGUGGAGGUUACGGAGGCCGGGAGGCCCGUGGGGGGGGUGACGAAGGAGGGAGCACAGGGAACCUGGAAUCUCUGAUGGUGAACAUGCUGUCGGAGAGAGAGAGACUGCUGGACACCCUGAGGGAGACCCAGGAGAGCCUGGGUACUGCCCAGCUACGCCUCAGAGAACUGGGCCAUGAGAAAGAGUCGCUUCAGAGACAGCUGUCCAUCGCGCUGCCACAGGAGUUUGCCGUGUUGACCAAAGAGCUGAAUGUGUGUCGUGAGCAGCUGCUGGAGAGAGAGGAGGAGAUUGCCGAACUCAAGGCAGAGAGGAACAAUACACGGUUACUGCUGGAGCAUUUGGAGUGUCUGGUGUCUCGUCAUGAGCGUUCUCUGAGGAUGACUGUGGUGAAGAGGCAGGCCCAGUCUCCUGCUGGCGUCUCCAGUGAGGUGGAAGUCCUCAAGGCCCUCAAGUCUCUGUUUGAGCACCACAAAGCCUUGGAUGAGAAGGUACGGGAGAGGCUGCGUGUGGCUCUGGAACGCGUGGCUGUGUUGGAGGAGGAGCUUGAAGCUUCAUCAAAUGAAGUGCUGUCUUUGCGAGAUCAGAUCAAGCGGAGGCAGCAGGGGUUGGACAAUGGAAAGGAGCGCCUGCCAAAUGGCCCCUCCUCUAUCUUGGACGAUGGUGAGAUGGACAGACAAAGAGAGGGAGAGAUAGAGAGACAGAGAGCAGAGUUGUCCCAGCUGAAGGAGAGACUGGCCCUCAUGUGCCGACAGGUUGGGGAAAUUGAGGAACAGCUGACAUCUGCAAGGAGGGAGUUGGCCAAGUCAGAGGAGGCCAAUCAGAAGCUGCAAAGGGAUGUUAAAGAGGCUCUGUGUCAGAGGGAGGACAUGGAGGAGAGAAUCACCACUUUGGAGCGGCGAUACCUGAGUGCCCAGAGGGAGGCGACGUCUCUUCAUGACAUUAAAGAUAAGCUGGAGAAUGAACUGGCCAGUAAGGAGUCGCUGUACAGACAGAGUGAGGAGAAGAACCGGCAGCUGCAGGAACGGCUGGACGAUGCCAAACAGAAACUUCAGCAAACUCUGCAGAGAGCAGAGACGCUACCUGAGAUUGAAGCUCAGCUCGCCCAGAGGGUGGCUGCACUCAAUAAGGCAGAGGAGCGCCAUGGCAACUUUGAGGAGCGACUACGACAGAUGGAGGCACAACUGGAGGAGAAAAAUCAGGAGUUACAGAGAGCCAGGCAGAGAGAGAGGAUGAAUGAUGAACACAAUAAACGUCUGUCGGACACAGUGGACAAGCUCCUGUCUGAGUCUAAUGAGAGACUACAACUCCACCUCAAAGAGAGGAUGGCAGCACUGGAGGAAAAGAAUGCUCUCGGCGAAGAACUUGCAAACAUGAAGAAAAUCCAAGACGAUCUUCUAGCAAACAAGGAUCAGCUCAUUGCAGAGCUGGAGAGGCUUCAGCUGGAACUGGAUCAGCUCAGAGGCAGACCUGGCUCCGCAUACUCCCGGUCUCUUCCAGGAAGUGCACUGGAGCUAAGGUACUCUCAGGGAGGCGGGUCCCUCCCUGCUGGUUCCACCACCCACCUGGAUCACUAUGGAAACACAGGCACUGGGGGCGUGGUCAGACGCACCCAUCGUGGUCGGUGGGGUGGGGCACGUGAGGACACCAGCAAGUAUGGAGACUGGGACAGCGGGGCACUGCUGGGGCCUGGCUUUGAGGGAGGUGUGGACGCCGCGUGCUCUGAUGACGAGGAGGAGCGGGAGACGUUGUUUGGCUCAGAGCUCAUGUCUCCGAGUGGCCAGACGGAUGUUCAGACCCUGGCCAUCAUGCUGCAGGAGCAGCUGGAGGCCAUCAACAAAGAGAUCAAGCUGAUCCAGGAGGAGAAGGAGAGCACUGAGCUCAGGGCAGAGGAGAUUGAGAGUCGUGUUGGCAGUGUUGCUCUGGAUGGUUCUCCAGUCCCUCCCUCCUCCCUGGGACGGGACAGCACUGGGCGAGGUUUCAUUCCCCCGUCACUCACCUCCUCCACUCUGGCCUCCCCGUCUCCUCCCAGCUCCGGUCACUCCACACCACGUUUGCCUCACUCUCCUGCACGUGAGACUGACAGACAGAACAAUAAAGAGGACGACAGAUCGCUGGCUUUGCUGGACUCGACCCCUCCCCCAACACCUCGUGCGUUACGAUUGGACAGGAUGACCCACACACAUCCUGGCGCAAUGCUGGACGACAGCCGCGACUUCCGCAGUCUUUCAGCUGAUGGCAGCAGUUCCAACAGCAGUCAGGACUCCCUGCACAAAUCAAGCAAAAAGAAAAGCAUCAAGUCUUCCAUCGGCCGACUCUUUGGAAAGAAGGAGAAGGGCAGGAUGGGUCAGCCGUUACGGGAGUCUGCCUCUCUGGCAUCCACGCCAUCUGAAGAUCUUGGGUCCGUGGAUCCACUGGGACUCACAAAGAUGGCCGGUCCAGUGGACAAGGACCGCCGCAGUAAGAAGAAACAUGAGUUGCUAGAGGAAGCAUGUCGACAGGGCCUGCCAUUUGCAUCCUGGGAUGGACCGACCGUUGUAUCCUGGCUAGAGCUGUGGGUAGGGAUGCCGGCAUGGUAUGUGGCAGCGUGCCGUGCCAAUGUAAAGAGUGGUGCUAUCAUGGCUAACCUGUCAGAUACAGAGAUCCAAAGGGAGAUUGGGAUCAGUAACCCACUGCACCGUCUGAAACUGCGCCUGGCCAUCCAGGAGAUGGUCUCCCUGACCAGUCCCUCAGCUCCAGCCAGUACACGCUCUUCGACCAGUAACGUGUGGAUGACUCAUGCAGAGAUGGAGUCUUUGACAGCAGCCACGAAACCAGAGCUGAAAGAGAUUAGUUGGGACCAGAUCCUGGCCUAUGGAGACAUGAACCAUGAGUGGGUGGGGAAUGAGUGGCUGCCCAGUCUGGGUUUGCCCCAGUACAGGAGCUACUUCAUGGAGUCACUGGUGGACGCCCGCAUGCUGGACCACCUGACCAAGAAAGAGCUCAGAGGACAACUGAAAAUGGUGGACAGUUUCCACAGGGUGAGUCUGCAUUACGGAAUUAUGUGCCUGAAGCGUUUGAACUACGACCGCAAAGAACUGGAGAGGCGGAGAGAGGACAGCCAGCACCAGAACAAAGACGUGAUGGUUUGGUCCAACGAGCGUGUGAUGUGCUGGGUUCAGACCCUCGGGCUGAAGGAGUAUGCCGAUAACCUGACUGAGAGUGGGGUCCACGGGGCCCUGCUGGCACUGGAUGACACUUUUGAUUAUACGGACCUGGCCCUGUUGCUGCAGAUCCCCAAUCAGAACACACAGGCACGACAGCUUCUGGAGAAAGAAUACAACUCACUCAUUGCCAUGGGAACAGAGCGAAGACCAGAUGAGGAUGGCACUAAGACAUUCACUCGCUCUCCCUCCUGGAGGAAAAUGUUCCGUGAGAAGGAUUUACGGAGUGUGACCUCGGACUCCUCAGAGACAUUACCUGCUAACUUCCGUGUCUCAGCCAUCUCAACACCCUCAGUCACUCUGAGGAAGGUGCAAAGUGAGAUUUCUCCUCGAGGAGAGUCUGGAUCAGUGAGGACUUACUCUUGCUGA